CCCUUUAAGGGGGCUGCGCCUCACUGCUAGGAAUUCACGUCAUUUCGCCACCAAACACGACCGAAUCAAUGAGCGCAGCGCGAGUCUUCCAGGAAGGUGUUAACCAUCACCUCGCCAAAAUGUAGCGCCGCUGCAGGAGAGAAGAGCACAGCAGCAGAAGUUGGAGGAAAGCUUUGUUGGUGUUUUCCGGGACGGGCGGGAGCGAUGGAGCCGCAGGCCGAGUGAUGAGCAGCAGCAGCAGCGCGCCGGCGGCUCGACAAACACUGAGGCCGGACUGUCUCUGCUUCUCCGCGGCGGCGGUUCCUCUGUUUCACAGAGAAUAAAGAAAAGAAGGAGGAGGAGGAGAAAAGGAAAGUGGAAACGGGAGAACUUCCUGAAUUUGAGACAUGUCCAGUUCCCCCUCGCAGGUCAAUGUUAAGCAGGAGAGGAGUGCGUUCAGUCCCUCUGCCAGUCCACUGCCAAAUUCCACUUCCUCUCCUGCCCAUGCCCCUCCCCCUGUGGCUAACGCUAGGACAGACGAAGAGCCAAGCAGACUGCCUGGACACCUGCGUCUCCAGCCUGUGUUCUGGAGCAGAGAGGAUGUUGGGCAAUGGCUCCGCUGGGCAGAGAGAGAGUUUGCACUGCGACCCAUCUCAAGCGGAAGCUUCCAGAUGAACGGCAAGGCUCUCCUGCUUCUCACCAAGGAGGACUUCCGCUACCGCUCUCCCCAUUCAGGUGAUGUCCUUUACGAACUCCUGCAGCACAUUCUGAAGCAGAGAAAGACCCACUCGUCUUUCCCUUCCACAUAUUACCCAGGAACCCCCUUCCACUCACUGCCUGAAGCAGCACUUCAACAACACAAACUUGAGGAAACGGUACUACGGACCCCACGUGGAACAGAUGCUCUACACCUGCACCCCCCAACUAUUGAGCUCCGGCAUCGCUCACGCUCACCCCACCACACGGCACCAAGACGCUCGCCCGCUGAUCCAUCACAACUCCAUUCCCUCAGCUCAGGGGAGGACCCCCAGCAAACGUCCUCCCAACUGCCCGACAGCAACAAUCACCUCCCUGAAGACCUGUACUCACUGUCUGUAUCUCCCACUGCUCCCAAUGGCCAUUGUCCCGCACCCCGCGAGGCUCCGCGGCCAGGCAGCCCCUGCCAGGAAGAGUCGGCACCACCCCGGGUCAUCCAGCUGAUGCCCAGCGCCAUCAUGCACCCUCUGCUCCUCAGCCCCGGACGAGGAGGGGUGCCGGGGGACUUCAGGCACGGCAGGGCAGCACCUCAGGAAAAUGGCCGAGAGGGUAAAGGGCAUCACCACCACAAUCACCAUCACACUCACCAUCAUCCCUCUCACCACCCCCUGAGCUUGGCGGGUCACCAGCAACCCCAUCAGCUCCACCAGCAGGAAGACACCCGCUACCGAAACCAGAUCAUCAUGCCCGUCUCGCCACCAGAGGAGCAAGGAAUGCCUAUUGGACGCAUUGCUGAUUGCAGACUACUGUGGGACUACGUCUAUCAGCUCCUCUCUGACAGUCGCUAUGAGAACUAUAUCCGCUGGGAGGACCGUGAAACCAAAGUUUUCCGAAUCCUCGAUCCUAAUGGCCUGGCUCGAUUAUGGGGAAACCAUAAGAACAGGACCAACAUGACGUAUGAGAAAAUGUCAAGAGCACUAAGACACUACUACAAACUGAACAUCAUCAGGAAAGAGCCAGGACAGAGACUUCUGUUCAGGUUCAUGAAAACCCCGGACGAGAUCAUGAGCGGACAGACGGAUCGUUUGGAACAUAUGGAGUCUGACACAGAUGAACAGAUAUAUGUGAAAGAGGAGUGCUGAGUCAUGCCGCACGUUGAGACGAACUUUUAAAGCCGUAGAUGCCUCGCCAAUGUUCCGCUGACUUCAGCAUCAACCAAGCAGGCCUAGACAUUUUGCAUAGAUUAACUGGGGAGCAAGAGACAUGGAUAUUUACUGCACUGUUUUCUAUGCUGAUUCUUGAUAAUUCAGUUUCUUUCUAUUAUUUUAUGGUCUAUGCCUAAAAAAACAAACAUCAAUAUGACAAUCAUUUUAAUGAUAGAUAUUCCUUUUCAAAUUGUUUCUUUAAAGUUUCUGGCACAAUGAAUGAUUUUUGAGCUUUUCUGUAAGGUUUUUUUGUUUUUUUGUGUGUUAAGUGUGUAUUGUACACACACACUUUUGCAAUUUGUGUAAACAAGUCAUCCAAGAGAUUAAUUCAAGAAUAAAUUUUAAUGACUGAGACAGUUAUUUUAUUUCAUAUAUCUUCGCACACCUCAAUGCAACAGACUGGUUAAUUCCCACUUGAACACACACACACAUUAAUUAAUUAAUGAACUUUACUAUACUACUGAUUUUACUACAGCCUAAAAUUCAGAACUCAGGAUUGGUGAGUCUCUUCUGACUCUUCUGUCUCUUCUGACUCUUCUGACUCCGAGUAGAAAAUCCAAUCUGUAAUAGCGUUCUAGUUAACAUUUCCUACUUGGAACUAGAAAAUUCCUACAGCCAAUUUUACACAAAUUCAAAUGCGUGCCAUGCUUUUGUAAAACUUAAUGCUAAUCUUUAUUAAUCCUUUCUGAUCCUUUACAUGCAGACAACAUACACUGGUUUUAAGAGGCAGCCAGUUGUACACAGCAUGUUCAACCGGGAAAACUGGCCACAUGGACAAUGGCCCUUUUAAAUCUCAUUCCUACAAACACCAAAUAGAUUCCGCACUGAACUCCCAAUCAUUUAUCUCCUUCUUUUAUGAAGAAUUUGGAGGAAAAAAGCCAAUCUUGUCUAUAAAAUUGCUCAUCAGACAAUUGUCCAAUUACUUUUGAAGUUGUGAAAAAAAAAAUCCUAAAAGAAAUUGUCAGUUCUUUAGUGAAAAAGUUAAAUGUAUACACUUUAGUCAAAUCCUUAUUUCUUUGUUUCAAACAGAGCACUGUAGUCCUGCGUCAUUCUGUAGUCCUCAUUUGCCCAUAUUUGGAAUUCCGUGUCUAAGCUGACUUUCUAUAUAGCGAAAAUAAUUAGGUUUAAUUAGGUUUUCUGUGUUAAAUAAAUAUGUUCUGAACCCUGUA